AUUUUUUAAUUAAAUUAUAAUGAGUUAUAAAACCAUUGUAUUUGUUGUACUUAUUUAUUGUAUACAACAAAUCGUUACGGAAAAUGAUGCCAUACGGGCUGUCAAUGAGUUUAAAACUAAAACCAAUCCUAACGUCUACGACAAAGAUAUUAGUCCGAAAUUAGGCCAAAAUUCAUCGGUUAAUGUUAUCAUAUCAUUGCAUAUAAUUAACCGAAAAAUCAAUGCUAAUGAUAAAUCGGUAAAGACAUACAUGUAUUUCCGUCAAACUUGGACCGACCCGCGGCUCGGGCACUCGUAUCCGGGCAUCAAAGUGGUCGGCAGUCAGCCGUUUAUCGAUCGUAUAUGGAUUCCGGACACGUUUUUCUCAAAUGCCGAUUCCAACCAACUGUCCACAGUAUCGGUGCCCAAACCGACCACUUUUGUUACCAUUGAUUCAAACGGCACGAUCCGUAUAAGCCAUAAACUCGAACCGACCACCCGGUGCUAUGUAGAGGAUGAUAGUAGACUAGUUUGUCCAAUUGAAAUUGAGUCAUAUGGCUAUAAUGUUAAUGAUUUGGACUAUCGUUGGGAUAGAAGUAGACGAUCGGUAAGUGUGUCCAAUCCUCAGGUCAGCAUUGAUGGCUACACAUUCAGAAACAUUGCCAGCAUUAGGACUGUCCGAAAACUAAGCACCGGCAAUUUUGCUAAACUAGUAGUAACUAUGACAUUUGACCCGGAUACUGUUUAACAAAUUUUUUUAAAAAAGUAAUACUAAAAUAACCAAGUUAAUAUAUACAUGGAUUUUAUGGCAAUUAUUAUUAUCAUUAUUAU